AUGACUGAUGAGAAUGAAUACAUUGGGACGAUAAUUAAAGAAUCAAAUGGCGGUCUAAUUGAGCAAAAUGUAAAUGAUCAAGAAAUCAAUGAUCAAUCAAAUCCAGAAAAUAAUUCACUACAUAAUACCAACAAAGAGUCAAAAAUAGAAGAAACUGAAAUCGAAAACCCUCAAAUUGAUUCAUCUGCAAAAGAAACAGAAGAAGAAGAAGAAGAAGAAGAUUUCGACGACGACUUUGAUGAUUUCGAAGAAGCAAAACCAUCGACAACAAAUAAUCAAGAUAAUCACAACCAAAAAGAAGAAGACGAUUUUGAAGAGUUUGACGAAUUCAACGAGUUUGAAUCACAACCAACCACCACAAAUAACAUAGCAAUUCCAGACUCUUCAUUCCAUAACAAAAUAGAAUUUGAAAAAUCUUUAGCAAAAUUAAUGUCAAAAUUAUUCAUAUCAUCAUCAUCAACAACAAUAAUAAAUGAAAAAUUAACAACAGAUUCUUUACUAAAUGAAAGAUCUCAAACUAUAUAUAAUCAAAUAUCAAAAUUACCAUAUUUACAACCAUCAAAUUGGAUAAAACUGGAUAUAAGACAUAAUUUAUUAAUAAAAUUAGGUAUACCUAUAAAUUUAGAUGAAUUGAAACCUGUAACACCAAAUGCUUCCACAACAUCAACCACAAAACCACCCCUGAGUUCAUCUUCAUACUUGCAACCACCAACAAACCAACACCAAAGAAAAAAAUCCAUAUCAGAACAUGAUUUAAUUUGGACUGUUCCUAUACCGAAUUUAGAAGAUUUACAAAUAUCUAUUGAUGAAAAAACAAAAUUAAUAAAAGACACCAAGAAACUUAUAUCAAAAUACGAAAUAAAUCUUUUAGAAAAUUCAACUUAUGAAUAUUUAAUUUCAAUUAAAAAUGAAAUAAAAUUAAAUGAAAAACUCGAGCAAUUUAAAAAUAUAAAAAUUGAAUUAAUAAAAUUAAAUUCUAUAUGGUUAAAUCAAUUAUCUGAAUUACGAAAAGAUUAUGAAAUUUAUGAAACUUAUAUACAAAGUUGUAUUGGAUAUUCUCAAAAAUUAAGACGUGAAGAAAUUUUAGAAAAUUUGAAAAAAUUAAAUAAAAAUAAAAAAAUUAACAAUAAGAGAAAGUAA